GCAUUGUUUACAAAUGGCGGACGGGAAACCGACAGGUGCCCCUGCGAAAGAUGAAAAGUUAAGCAGUAAUGGAGAAGGGAUGAACUCAGACCUAAGUGAUUUCAUGAAGGAGCAGUAUCAGCAGCAAAAGGCUAGUGGUCGAAUUGCUGCAACAGAUGCCAUAGAUGAAGAGAGAGCUGCUGCAUUUUACAAAAGAGCAAUCAGUGAAAGUAGCAGGAUGAACCAAGAAAUUGCCAAAUCUCAUAAAAAGCUUGAUGAUCUGCACGUGGAAUAUGGAAGUGAAAUAUUUGAACAAUGGAGACAGGAACAUGCAGCACAGGUGCUUACAUCUCAUCAUGCAGAACUAGUGGAAGCAUCACAGCCUGUGACUCAGUAGCACUACAGUUACUGUAACAACUCUUCAUCAAAAGGGUUCAAAGAGUAAAACCAACUUUCCCAAGGCUCAGGCAGACUUUUUGCAUUAAGAGCCAAUGUUAACAAUAAAACAAUAAUUUUAUUGAACGGACAUGUACAUAGUAGUUGCUUAAGUUAUGGCAUACACUUUUAUAGGAAUGUUUUGUAAAGAAAGUUAAAAAUCUACAUGUUGAAAAAUGCACAAUUUCUACAAAAUAUUAUCUGAUGUCUGGAAUGCUAGAUAAAAUUUACCUAGACAGCUAAGCUUGCAUAUAUCUAGACAUCAAAAAGGAAAAAUGAAG